AUGCUCAGCAUCUACACCAUGCUGAGACCAAUGCAGCUGCGCUGGAGCGGCCACAUAAUGCGCAUGGACGACGAGCGACGACCCAAACGACUCUUCUAUGGAGACGUCGCGACGGGCUCUCGCCGCCAAGGAGGUCAAAUGCGUGGAUACCAGGACACUCUGAAGUCCUCCCUGAAGCGCCUGCAAAUCAACCCUACAAAAUGGGAAGAACUCGCCCGCUAUCGUCCGACAUGGAGGAGAACAGUGAAGACAGGCGCUGCUAUCCACGAAGCCAACCGCAUCGCCGCCGCCAAAGUGAAACGUGAAGCUCGCAAAUCACAUCUGCGCCCAGUACGCAACGCCGACGCACAAUCGCUUCUAACGUGUCCUCGAUGUCAACGAACAUUUCGGGCUCGAAUCGGACUUGUUGGACAUCUUCGGAUCAACUGCGCCUCUCGAACUGCACACACCAUCGUCCCCCUGCUCGCCUCUUCCUCGUCCUCUCCGCCGCCAACUAAAUCUGACGAUUCUUCUGAACCACCAUCAUCAUCCUCCUCCUCCUUCUCCUCCACCACUGCCCCAAAAACGGCUGUUCAGGCGGCCGUCUUGCACAUCACCAGCCUUGACACAACAACCGACACCAUGCCCACCUCCCUCGACUCCAGCGAUGAGGAUCGGGACUACACCUGCCCUGACUGCGACCGCACCUUCACCUCACACAUCGGCCUGGUCGGUCACUUGCGAAUCCAUCGCACAGAGACUGGUGAACCAGUGCCUGGAGCACCAACCUACACCCACCGCACCCGCCCCCACUGCCCACACUGCUCUCGCACCUUAAGGCAUCGAUUGGGCCUAUUCGGCCACAUGCACAUCCACGAGAGCGGAAGUGACCGCAGUACCGACUCAUCGAUCAUACCAAAUCCCGCCCCCUAUUCAUCACCCUGCCCCCCCACCGCCCUUCCCGCAACUGACACCGACACUGUCGACCUCUGA